AAAGCAGGUGCAGGCGCUGUGUCUUUAACCAACAGCGUGUGGUCAUAAACACUGUAAAACUGAACUGACCGUACUCCUUCAGUCAGAUAACACGCACUCAGAGCCGGACCUGAGUCACCUAAUCACCUGUGCCAGUACAGAUUUCCUUUGGAUUUGGCCAUUUCUGCAACAUAAUGUUAUCAAAUGGAUCCUUUUAUAUUAUACAGAUCUUUGUGCCGAUAAUUGCCUUCGUUAUUGUGAUUCUCUGCUGCAUCUCCCUCUGUAAGACCCUCCAGAGGGUCCGCAGGGAGCGCCUGGAGAGCCACUCACGGACUCAGACUCUCAGCACUCCAGAGCGGCCAUCCAUCUUCAUCAUCCCUUUUUCACCACCUGACGAGCAGCUACAUGGACCCCCACGCUAUAGCACAGUAGCCCACUACAGCCCCCCUCCCGCUUAUCACGAGUUGGAGCUGAAGCCUGACUUUAUUCCUCGUGAUCCUCCUCCUGCAUACUCAGACUCUACCUCUUUUACACUACGUGAGUUCUCGGAGUCGAGUCCAGCAGACACAAGUUCUUCAGCCGGACCACAGACUGAAUAAAACUCUGGCCAGGUCUUCCGUUUUCUGCGCCAAUGUUAAAAACCCCAGACCUGAGAGUCUUGCGUAUGAAGAGUCCACAGCUGCUGUUUUUCUGCCUGUUCCACUCCUGCACUCAAAAAAAGAAAUGGUGCCAAAUAAAAUUCCACAUUUAGUUUCUAAUGAACCUUAAAUGGAAGGUUCUUUAAAUCUUUUGUACAUAAUAUAAAGUGUACAGAACUUUUUUAAAGAACCUCCAGAUCAUGUGAAUGUUCUAUAUGACAGUUUUUUCUAGAACCAUAGAUUUAACCAAGAAACCAUUCAGGAACCUUGUGUUUUAAGAGUGGAGAAGAGCACUGAAAAUAUGUAAAUGGAUGUACAUUGUGUAAAUAGGCUUUGUUAACUUUAUAAAUGAACAAUAAAGAUGUAAAUAAUAAGAAAUAAAAAUGUGACGUCUCGA